GACGCCUCGCACAGGAUGACUCGGUGUUGAUCAAGAGCACGCUCUGAGGUAAUGCUCGCAUUGCUCGCACACACACGCUGAUGUACUGUCAAAGUGGAUAACCGAACCAACGACGAGCAGGCCUUGGAGACCCUCCUCGGGCGCGGGUUAUUUCCUUUAUAAUGCGGAGGUUUCUGCCCCGCCCACUCAUACUCUUCUUUUCACCCACCACAUCCUUUCAUACGAGCCCCACUGUCAGGUUCAACUUCAGAACCACCUCGCUGACUCCAGGACUCUAUACAAUGUCUGAAUCCGACCACUGGCGCAUGCGUCUUAACAACUAUCUCCAAAGCAAUGGAGGCACCCGGUCUUUGACCUGGGAAGUGUACCAGUCCGGGCCGUUACACCAGCCAGUAUGGACGGCAAUAGCCUAUGUUAAGGGAGUCGAGUAUGGAAGGAGCACAGGCUCUAGCCAGAAUGGUGUCAAGGAAGAAGCGGCGCGACAGACGGUUUCCGCCCUUUAUCAUGACCGGGGUAUGCGGGCCUGACCUACGAAUGCUAUCCGACCCUUCACGAUCGUCUGCUUUCAAUUUGCUCUGCUGUUCUCACCGCAAUGACCGCAAUCUUGCCAUCGUCAUAAUUAUGAUAUUUACGCUAUAUUAUAUCAGCUGUACCCUA